AUGGGGGUGAGUCUGCACACGGUGCCCAACCAGCCGAACAGAAUACUCAACAUCAAGGAUAUCCACAACGUAAUUUGCGACAAUGACGUGCACUACUUCCGCACGAGACUUGUUGAGAUCGAGAAAACCCAGAACUCCCAUGAUGGCCGGGUCUUACCGAUGCCACGCAUCCUCGACGUCGAACAGUUCUGCCACGAGCGUAACCUCCUUCUUCACGGCGACGGCGCUCGUCUGGUCAAUACCAGUGUGGCCUCUGGAAUCCCAAUGGACGAUCUCGUGCCUCGGUCUCGCUCUGUUUGA